CAGAUCUGAAACAGCUCUGUUAGGAAAAGAUAAUGGAUAAAACCUGUCCAUUAUUCGAAGCUGUUCAGGAUACAAGCCUAGUCCAAAAUUCUGAUCCAUCAGUCUAUGAGGCCGAUCUAAAUCUGCCCACCAAGCAGAGAAUAACAAUGAAAAAGAUCGAGAGAGAUCGAGAGAGAUUGAAAGUGAUCGAGAGAGAGAGAGAGAGACAGAGAAGAGAUAACGGUCAAUGUACUCGAGCUUUGAGACAUAACACAACGAUGCAUGCGUCGGCGCACUGAAAAUUGCACCUUGCAAAACGUAUCACAAACGUUUCCGUCUAGUUACCGCCUACGAUCGAUUUUCAAAGGAUUUCUAUACGCUUGCUUAUAUAAACAAAAAGAAUGGAAACCAUUAUGUAUUCAUUCAAAAUAGCCUAUCGUUUCCGUGAGAAUUUUGGGAAUUUCCAUAAAAAGAAGCAUCUCGAAAUUUCGAUGAAGGACUCGAAUGCACUAUUCUUGCACGCCGCCUCACCCGGUACAGAUAUAAAAGUAUGUCACAGAGAUCCAUCGACUCAGUAAACGUGCAACUGACAACGAGUGAACUCUCUAAGAGAAGAAAAGUAUCAACACAGUGUUAUAUCAGAUUUCAAUUCAAAUUAAAACGUAAAAAAAUUUUGAAAAGAAUAGUAAAGGUGCAUUGAUCAGAUCGAGAAUGUCACUAAUCCCAAAAUUAUUUUCUCAUUGGUGGGAAAUGUUGGAACAACCACAUAGAUUGUACGAUCAACGUUUUGGUAUGGGGAUGUAUCCAGAACAAUUUUUUAGACCAUCCGUAUUAGACAAAUUGGAAGGCAAAAGAUCGUCACCAUUCUCAGUGUCCUCAACAUUUUAUAAGUAUUAUCGACCAUGGGCUGAUCAUAUUCGCGAUGAGAAUACCAGUGGUUGGUCUGUCAUUAAAAAUGAUAAAGAUAAGUUCCACGUAGCCUUGGACGUUCAACAAUUCAAACCUGAGGAAGUUAACGUCAAGAUUGUCGAUAAUUACAUCGUUAUUGAAGGCAAACACGAAGAACAACAGGACGAUCAUGGCGUCAUUUCCAGACACUUCAUAAGAAAAUAUUUGGUACCUGACCAAUGUGAUCCUGAGAAAGCAACAAGUUCGUUAUCUUCCGACGGUAUCCUCACGAUAACAGCACCUAGAAAAGCAGAAGCUGUUGAAGAAAAGAAAGAACGAAUUAUUAAGAUCGAACAUAUGGUAAAACCAGCGUUAGAAAACGAAGAAAAAAAGACUGCUUCGUAAAAAUAAAAAAUAAUAGAAUCUGUUCAUUUUUGUCUCAUUCUAUGUUCUUCUUCGUUCAUCUUUUCAUUGUAUUCUGUAUUAUUUUUUAUUAUCUUAUAAUGGUCUAUUUGUUAUAAUAUAUUGUAGUAUAUAUUAAUAGAAUAUUUUUAAUUUGUUAUCCACUCAAAAUUGGCUUGUUACGUAAGAUCUCCUCGCAUUCACCAAUUAUCCACAUGAUUAUCUAUGUUAAAUCAAGAUAAUUGCUCUGAAAUACCACGAAAUGUACGUAAACAUAUAAUCGUGAAGCUGCGUGACUCAUGAAAUGGGAAAGAUGAAAAUUACUGAUGAUUGCAAUUGAUUAGAAUUCAAUCGUAAUAAAAAAGAUAAUAUAUUUUUUACUAGAAGAUCUUUCAACUUAAAAUUUAUGUUUUAUUUUGAAAUCGUGAAUUAUGUAAUCAGCUGUUCAAAUACUUUUUAUAUAACUUAUCUGUAAAAAAACACAAAACGUAUACUAGCGAUAUUUCAUUUCUUUGCACAUUUAUUUUAGAGUAAAGUAAAUAUGUGCACUAAAAUAUUUGUAAAUAUAAAUUAUUUCGUAACCAUUAGAAAGUAAAUAGAAAAAUGCAGUUUUGUUUUUAUAUGAACAAAGAAA